AUGGCGGCCACAUGGCCUAUGUUUUGUAAAAGAAAAUCAGAAGAAAAAGAAGAGCCGAAAUCGAAAAGAAAAACUGAGGAAAGAGUUAGAGAGUUCAAAAAGAAAUGGCAAGAAGGGCGUGACUGGCUGGACUACAGCGAGGAUGCUGGGAUGACAUGUUCGGCAUGCAAAAGCGUUGGGAACACCGUCACGAAGGCAGGCAAGCACAGCUUUAUUUCUGGCUCCAAAAAUUUUCGCCUCUCUGCAGUGUCAGACCACGAAAAAAGUAAAUAUAUUCGAGCAGUUGAUAUCUUAAAGUCACGCGAGGAUGCAAAGAAAAAGUCAACAACCGCCCAUAAAUGUGUACUGUCAUUAAACCAAUCAAUUAGAAAACACAUUGAGAUAAAAUUCAGGAAUAUCCACGCCCUGAUUAAAAAGAACAGACCCAUUUCUGACUUUGUUUGGUUGAAUGAACUGGAUGAGGCCAAGGGGAUAGUGCAUGGGGUGACAUAUAAUAACCAAAAUGCAGCAACGGGGUUUCUGGAAUGUAUAUCAGAUUCAGAAAAAGAUCACCUGAGCACUUUGAUGGAGAAAGUCAAGUUUUUCUCCAUAACUAUGGAUGGCUCCACGGACGAUAGUACUACUGAACAGGAGACAUUGUUUGUGAGAUUUAGCAUGAUGGGGAAAAUAACAACAAGGUUUCUUUGUAUAGGAGAACCACGGUCGCAAUAUAGUGCACUCGAUUUACUCAACUUUGUACAGAGGAAAAUGGAUGAGAACUGUUUACAGAUGCAAAUGCAUAAACUAGUAGGUUUCGGCAGUGACGGUGCCUCAAACAUGAUGGGCCGUAAGAAUGGACUCAUAUCCCUCAUUCAAAGAGAACACUCUGAAGUCAUUGGUGUUCAUUGUUUGGCGCACAGGAUGGAGCUAGCUUUCAAGGACGUCUUCAGAAACGACAAGAAUUAUGUUCAGUUGUCCACUCUCUUACUUGGAUUAUUCUACUUCUAUAAAAACAGUGCGAAGCAGAAAAAGAACCUUAGGGAAUGCAUGAGGGUUUUGGACGUCAAGGGGACCAUGCCACAUCGAGUAGGGGGCAGCAGAUGGCUUCCUCAUCUCAAGAAGGCACUGGAAACACUCUUUCGGACUUACCCUGCAUUCAUCUCUCAUCUUGACACGACUUCCCAUCAGAAUGCAAAAGCUGGGGGCAUUGCAAAAUUGUUGCACAGUUUGCCUAUUAUAGUCUAUGCCUCAAUUCUUAAGGAAUUUAUCAAUCCUUUGGCAAGGCUGUCAUUGAUACUGCAGAAAAGAGAUAUAACACUUGCAGAUGCAAAAGAUGCUAUCUUAUCAACAAAGGAAGUUCUUACACAGUUUGAUGCAAGCUCAAGUCAGCCAAUUAGAGAGUUGGUAGAAACCAAGAUGUAUCAUGGUUAUGAUCUGAAGGGUAGCGUGUUUGAUGUCCAGAAAAAGGGGUCAGAGAUGAUGAAGGCCAUAGUUAAACACAUUGAUCUUAGGUACAAAGAUCUUAAUGAUGAAGUACUGGCUUCCACAGUGAUUGGAAGUUUAAAGAAUUGGCCUGUUGAUAACCAACCAGGUUAUUUCCUUUUAUCAUGA